AUGGUGGUGCAUUCGUGCAAUGUUGACGAUGGUAAUGGUGAUGUUGUGACAAUCUUAGAUACAAAUGGGUGUGCAUUAGAUAAGUACAUUCUGAACAAUCUUGAAUAUCCUGGCGAUCUCACGGCCGGUCAGGAAGCACAUGUUUACAAGUAUGCUGACCGUUCGCAAUUAUUUUAUCAGUGCCAGAUAACGAUAACAGCGAAAGAACGCAAUGAGACAUGCCCAAGGCCGCAAUGUCGCGAGCCAGUUGGUCGUGGUGCUGGUAGUGGCAACACACCAUCGGCAGCUGAUGGCGGCACUGUAUCAAGUCUCGGUGUGGUAUCAUUUGCCAGUGGUAAAGAACCCGAAGAAUUGUCCGUGAAUGUUUCAUCACCAACGGCAGUUGAACUAAAUGUAACAAAAAAUGCGAGGCCAUCCGCUCAUCGCAGAGACUUCUUACGACGUCACAAAAAAGAUGUUGACUGGAGACGAAACAGUAUUGGAACUGUGGAUGUUCGGGCGGAAAUGAAUGCUCUGGAUGUUCCGCAACAGGUAUUUCGUCUGCUUCAUUCUUCCGUUUAA